AUGGAGAUAAGCAAAAUGCUAAUAGAUCCUGAAGAGGAUCCAACAGUGCCGCUGGGUGAUAAUUCACCGUCACUCUCAACCGACCUAUUAGAUACUCGCAGAACAUUCAGCGACGCGAAAGUUCCAUCUGAGAUGACAGCUGAGAUGACAACAGCUAUUUCGACUUCCAUGAUACAAGGGCAGCCGAUCUCAACCCCACAAGAUGAGAAAAUUUCUGUAUCAAGUAUACCAGGUUCCAAUCUUGAUGAAAAGGAGUUUGCAAGUGGUAUAAUUAGUGCAAAGAUUGAUAAUGGUGGCAAGACCUAUGAGAAUGAUACAGAUAAAGAUAUCGAGAUGACAUCUCUCGCUGGCAAUUUGACAACAGAAGAUACGAAAAAGAAAGUUGUUAGGAAGCCACGGGGCCCAUAUAGGAAGAGACAGCCCAAAACAGAGAUUCAGCGCUCGUCAUCUCCAAAGUUAGCAGGCUCGGUUACUUACACGGAAAGCUCCGAUGAGGAGUCGACAGUCUAUUGUAUAUGCCGUACAGGAGACGAUGGUAGAUGGAUGAUAGGAUGUGAUUUUUGCGAUGACUGGUUUCAUGGUGACUGUAUCAAUAUGGAUACAGUUAAAGCCAAAUUAGUUAUGAAGUUUGCCUGUCCACUCUGUCAAGAAAAGGGCUAUCGUCCCACAUGGCGACGUAAAUGUCGUUUGCCAGGGUGUUAUAACCUUCCAUUCGUAAGCCCCGAGAGUGAAUCAAUAUCCAAAUAUUGUUCUCGAGAACAUGGACUAUUCUUUAUAAAGAGUAGAAUAAACAAACUGGUGGGUAUAUCUUCUCCAGAGAUGUCCACAUUGGUGAAAGCCAUACCUGAUGUAAAAUCGUUCCAUGCUCUGGGCACGGAAUUGCCAGGUGUUCCAGAUGAGGAAAUUCAAUCUAAACUGGACCAAAAAUUAAUAUCACAGAUUCAACUGGAGAAAUCUCAAGUUGAACUUCGGCUGUCGUAUUUUGAAUCUCGUAAAAAGUACAUUAAAAUGGCCAAAGAUAGAGCCAAGCGAAUUAGUGAAGAGAUAGCUCAAGAGCAGGGGGUGAAAAAGCGCGACAUAUGUGGUAUGGAUGAAUUAUUUAUUAACGAAAACCAUGAAAUUAUUAAGCAACGAGCGGGUCUGGAGUUUUUACCUGGACGACAAGGAAUAUGCCUUAACGAAAAACGUAAGUGCCUUAAGCAUAAUGGCUGGGCAGCAAUUGUUCUCGAUGAGGCUCUUCUUCAGGAGAGACAGUCUCAAGCGAAGCUCGAGGAACUGAACAUACGACUGAAUGAUCUUUAUUACCAAGCCAAGAUUGCCAUGUUGGAGGCACAAUGA